UUUUAGAAAUCUGACUUGGUAAAAUGGCGUCUUCACAAGGAAAACAUAUGCCCAAAGACACUCAAAUCAUUGUGUCGAUUAUGAAAGAUUUAGGUAUUGUUGAAUACGAACCACAAGUUUUAAAUCAUCUCUUGGAGUUUAACCACAGAUACACAACGCUACUGUUAGACGAUGCUAAGACAUUUUCAAACUUUGCGAAAAAGAAGAAUGUUGAUGCUGACGAUGUGAAAAUAGCAAUACAAUUGGCACAAGACGGAACAUUUCGUCGACCUCCACCACGCGAUAUGUUAAUGACAGCAAGUCGUGAAGUAAAAAAAAUCCUAUUUCCUCCAGUAAGGCCUGCCAGUGGACUGCGAGUUCCUCAGGAUCGUUCAACUUUCUUACAAACAAACUACAGGCUUAGGAAUGAUUUGUAUUCUGGAGGAAAUAUGCGUAAGGACACUAAAACAACAGUUGCAGAAAUGUUGGAAGCGUCUAGAAAAUUACAAACCGAAGAUAAUCCUUUCCAGCAGUGUAAUUAAAUUUAUCUAAUUAAUUUUAUUUAAGAGGAAAUUACACAGAUAUUUGUUGUCUCUGCCUUACAUGCAAAUGUUACGCUUAGCAGAUCACGUUUAGCUCCGUUAAUAAAAUUUAAAGGUCAGAUUAUUAUUUAGGGAACAUCCAUAGGGGUUUUAUGUUCUAUAAAUUUAUUAAAUUAUAAUAUAUAUAUUUUAUUAUAAUUUAAUUUUAAAGCGAGUUAUAAGUAUUUUAAAAUUGGAAAUUGUUUGUACAUGUUAAAAUACUCAUAAUUCAUUUUUUAUAAGACGUCAAUUCACUCUAAUGUAUAAAGUAACGGAGCUAAACAUGAUCUGCUAAGCGUGCAUUUCAUACCACAUAUAAAAAUGAUAUGAGAAAGGUAAUUUACAAUAUUGUUCAUGCAUUUAAUAAUAAUGUAUAUAAUAACAUUUGUAUUCCCUAACAUACUAUAUUAUCUUCUUUAACAAUUUAAAAUAGCAUCUUAA